AUGAGGCACGCUCUGCUCCUCCUGCUGGCAGGUAAGUGCCCCAACUACUGCUGCUCCAUCAACUGCAGCCCCAACUACUGCUGCUCCAACAACUUCAGCUCCAACAACUUCAGCUCCAACAACUGCUGCCCCAACUACUGCUGCUCCAACUACUGCUGCCCCAACUACUGCAGCCCCAACUACAGCUGCUCCAACUACUGCAGCCCCAACAACUGCCGCCCCAACUACUGCUGCCCCAACUACUGCAGCCCCAACUACAGCUGCUCCAACUACUGCAGCCCCAACUACAGCUGCUCCAACUACUGCAGCCCCAACAACUGCCGCCCCAACUACUGCUGCCCCAACUACUGCAGCCCCAACUACUGCCGCUCCAACUACUGCACCAACAGACGCACCAACUGUUGCACCUACUGCUCCUCACAUUAA